GUGCGUGCCUGCCUGCCUGCCUGACCGGACCAGAAAAAAGGGUCCGGCUUGGACUCGAGUGGCGCCGGCGAGUCGGGACGGCGAGGGGGCCAGCGGCGAAGCAGCGAGAGGUGGACUCGCACUCGGGCGGCGCCGGCGGGUCGAUACGACGAAGCGCUCGCUGCAGGACAGCCGCGAAGCAGCGAGAGGUGGCCUGGGACUCGAGCGGCGCCGGCGAGUCGAGACGGCGAGCUGCUCGCUGCAGGCCAGCGGCGAAGCAGCGAGGGGUGAACUGGGACUCGAGCGGCGCUGGGGGGUAGCGCGCCAGACCUGAACUGGUCGAGCUGGCGGCGGCUCCCUGGUGCGGGGCAGGGAGUCGGCGGCGGAGCGGGGCGGCCGGCGUCGAGCUGCGGCGGAGCAGAGGAGGACUGGAACAUCUUGGGCCACUAGUCAGGUCAGGGCUUCUGCACAGGUAUGAUAGGGACCUACGAUCCACUGCUCGGGGCGCAGGUUGUGCAAAGAACUGCUGCGCAAGGAAGUGUUCUCCAUCAGCUAUCCUUGAUUUGGCGAGGGAUCGAACCUUUCGUCUUCCUUGGAGCGGCUGUUGGUUUGGGUUGGGCAGCAUGGACGUACUACGAUCGUAAGGCGGCUAUGCGCACCUACGGACGCCACAUCACCGGCAAGGGAGUCGGACUGGUUGUCGGCCGUGAUGAUGAGAUCGACCGCGUUAUUUCCAUCCUCUGCCGCAAGACCAAGAACUGCGCCGCGCUGGUUGGCCACGCGGGGGUUGGCAAGACUGCAAUCGCCGAGGGGCUCGCACAGCGCAUCGCUACCGGCAAGGUACCUGCUGCGCUUGCCGGGGCACGUGUCGUGGAGAUCGACCUUGGGGCCAUGGUUGCUGGGACCGUGUUGCGUGGUAUGUUUGAGGAACGAAUGAAGAGCGUGAUAAAGCAGGCAGAGAAUGCGGGCGGCAAGAUAAUUCUCUUCAUCGAUGAGAUGCACGUGAUUCCUGGUGCUGGUGAUAGCCACGGAAAUACAGACGCUUCCAGCAUGCUGAAGCCGGCUUUGGCCCGUGGUCGUAUCCGCUGUGUAGGUGCGACGACUUUUGAUGGUUACCGCAAUUGCAUUGAGAAGGAUCCUGCACUCGAGCGGAGAUUCCAGAAGGUGCACAUUGAGGAGCCAAGCACGCAGGCAACAAUUGGCAUUCUGCGGGGGCUAAAGCAGCAGUAUGAACAGCAUCAUGGCUUGGAAAUCCAAGAUGCUGCUCUUGUUGCUGCUGCUCAGCUUGCUGCCCGCUACAUCACUGGUCGUCAAUUUCCGGAUAAGGCUAUUGAUCUGAUUGAUGAGGCGUGCAUUGCCACAAUAAAAAGGGUGAUACCUGCAAAUUCAGUGAAGAGAGCAGUUGUUCUACCAAAUGAUGUCGCACAAGUUGUGAGCCAAUGGACUGGAAUUCCUGUAUGUGCACUUGAGCAAGAGGAGAAGGAUAAGUUAAUCCACCUAGCAGACAGGCUUCAUGAGCGAGUUGUUGGCCAGGAUGAAGCGGUAAAUGUGGUUGCUGAAGCAGUGUUAUGUUCCUUGACUGGCCUUGAUCAUCCGGGCCAACCCAUAGGAUCUUUCCUCUUCUUGGGCUCAACUGGUGUCGGAAAGACAGAGCUUGCAAAAGCUCUCGCCGAACAGCUAUUUGCGAGUGAGAAGAUGUUGGUUCGCUUCGACAUGUCUGAAUAUGUUGGCAGCGGAUCUGUUUUGCGUCUCAUUGGAGCACCCCCAAGCCAUGAUGGCUAUGAUGACGGCGGGCAACUGACUGAGAAAGUUAGGAAUCGCCCAUACAGUGUGAUCCUUUUCGAUGAGGUAGAGAAGGCAGAUCCCUCGGUGUUGAACAUUUUUAUUCAACUUCUUGAUGAUGGUGUGUUGACCGAUGGCAAAGGACGGACGGUAGAUUUCAAGAAUACCAUCAUCAUUAUGACCUCAAAUCUAGGAGCAGAGCACCUCACAGCAGGAAUGGCUGGAGAAAUCACAAUGGAUGCUGCACGUGACCUUUUGAUGAAACAGGUUCAGAAACACUUCAAACCUGAGUUCCUCAACAGGCUGAGUGAGAUUGUUGUAUUUGAGCCGCUUUUGCAUGACAAACUGAAGGAGAUUGUGAAAAUCCAAAUGAAGAGCGUCAUUGCCAGGGUGGCUGACAAGGGCAUCUCUCUUUUUGCAAGUGAUGCUGCGUUGGACGUCAUUUUAUCGGAAUCAUACAACCCAAUGUACGGUGCAAGGCCCAUCAGGAGAUGGUUGGAAAAGAAUGUGAUGACUAAGCUGUCCCAAAUGCUGGUGAAGGGUGAGGCCAGUGAAGGCUCGAUGAUGUCCAUCGAUACUACGGAUGACAGGAAUAAGCUCAAGUAUGAAGUAGCGAAGAAGGCCGAACUUUCUGGUGUCGUCUGCAACACCGACAGCGGUGGUAUGGCGACCGUGGUGAGUCCGAUAAAAAGAAUUGUCUCUCUAUUAACGAGGGUGACGAGAAAGCAUCCUGAAGGGCCUGCGCUCAAGACCUUGUAACGUGAGUCAAGACAUAGAUCAGUUAAAUUAUGAGGAAAGCUAAACUCAUGCUAUAACUAAUAUGAGCACUUCCCCUGUGCUUGGAAAGUUCAACUCUUAACAGGAGGUUUAACAACUGCUGAGGAAAGCUGGUUAGUUCAGCCUAUGCGGAGGUUUGUGUGGUUGUACCUUUACAGUGUGGUAUCUAGGAAUUGUAAUUCUCUCAUUGUGUUCAUCUUUUGGCAAACCAAGGCUCAUGGAAUUUGAAAUCCAACUACAUCCUUGAGUCAGUAGAUGACAUCCAUUGUUCUGUAACUUUGUACUUCGUAGCACAUACAGUGAAUGCAUUAGUGACAUUGCAGA